GUGGCUGAGAUCGAAGACGCUUAAAAACAAAGCAGAAAGAGUUAGAUUGAAGGUAUGAUUGUUGUGGCAUGGAGGAGGAGGAUGAGAUCCAACCACAGGCGUGUAAGUUCCCCAGGCUCGCUAAUGGCAGGACCGACCCCACCAACAACGCCAAGAUAGGAGCAGCCUGGCACCAUUCCUCCAGGAUCAUAAGGGUUUCUAGAGCUUCCGGCGGCAAAGAUCGCCAUAGCAAGGUAAUGACCUCUAAGGGCCUGAGAGACAGAAGGGUCAGGCUCUCCGUCACCACCGCCAUUCAGUUUUAUGACCUCCAAGACCGAUUGGGCUAUGACCAGCCCAGCAAGGCCGUGGAGUGGCUCAUCAAGUCUGCUCAAGACGCCAUUGCCGAGCUUCCAUCCUUGAACACCACCUUCCCUGAAACCCCGAAGCAACCGAGCGAUGAGAAGAGGGGCGGUGCAGGCGCCGACGAUGCGGACAUAGACAUAGAGGAGCAGCAGAAGCAGAAGCAGAACAGCCAGAAUAUGUCACUUUCGAAGUCGGCUUGCAGCAGCACCUCAGAGACGAGCAAGGGGUCCGGGUUGUCCCUGUCUCGGUCCGAUAUCCGCGUGAAAGCGAGGGAGAGGGCAAGGGAGAGAGCGGCCAAGGAGAAGAAGAAAGACAAGUGCAACAAUAAUCAGCAUCAGAAUAACCUUGUUCAUCAUCAGCAACAGCAACAGCAUCAGCAGCAGCAUCACAACAUGAACCCAAUUUCUCCUUCGUUUACUGAGCUACUCACAGGUGGCAUCACCACUGCGGUUCCAACAACAACUAGUCCUACUUCUGAUGAGCCUGCUGCUGCUCUCUUCCACAAAGCGGCAAGGCAACAACAACAGCAGCAGCAGCAGCAGCAAUGGGGUUCAGCACCCAUGGAUUACUUCAACCAGGUUCUCGUAGGCCCCUCUUCAUCUUCAAGAACCCAUCAACACCAACACCAGAUCCAACUGGGACAUCAUACCCUAGCUGAGGCCAUAUCCUUUAAUAAUGAUCAGCAGCAGCAGCAGCAGCACCACUACUCCUUCAUCCCUGAUCAGUUCAUGCCAGCUGUGGUUACAUCCUCUCACUCUCAUAACCAUCAUCACAGUGCUGGCGACACUGAUUACAACCUCAACUUCACCAUUUCUCCGGCUUCUGUAUCUGCUUCUGCCUCUGGCCUUGCUGCUUACAACAACAAUAGGGGGACCCUUCAGUCCAAUUCUCCGUCACAUUUCUUGCCUCACCUCCAGAGGUUCUCGCUGCCUAUGGACGGAUCCACUGUUCCUUUCUUCAUUGGAGCUGCCGCACCCACCGCUGCUCCGCCUCCUCCCAUCGACAACCACCAACACCAUCAGUUCUCAUCACCCGCAUUUGAUGGCCGCUUGCACCUCUACUACGGCGAUGGAACCCGCCAUUCCGACCACAAGGGCAAAUCCAAGAACUCAUGACCUUCCGGCCACUACCCUGGACUCGGAAGGUCGAGUACGAGGAGCAAGGCGUGCGUGCCUCAGAGCCUGCCUUCACCAAAAUGGAUGAUGAUGAAUUGAUGAUGAUACAAUGUUGCCAUCAUCAUGUGUUGGGGUUUCUUGUGUUGGAUCAUUUUGAAGUCAUUCAAUUACAUUCAGUAUUCGGAUAUAAUAUAUAUAUAAAUUGGUCUAUGUGUGUAACAUCAUUGUGUGUUUUAAGAAACUUGUUGACUGGAGUUAUUCUUUUGCUAUCUCCUGCAAUUAUUUUAAAAUGAAAAAGAUAUAGCAACCA